AUGGGAAGAGAUUUAGAGGUGAAUUAAGACUUUUUCUAAAAAUAUAGUCUUAAUCCUAUUACUGUCGCUGUAAAACAGCAUCUCUAAAUUAGAUUUUUAAGAGACAAUUUACAAUGGGGGGAUUUUUAAAUCAAUCUGAAAAAGCUUCCACUUGCAGAAAAUUUCUAUUAGAAGAGUGAUAUCCUCUAUAAAAAUAUUAGAAUUAGCAUGGCAAGAGACUUAGAGGUUAUAAGGAGUAAAUUAAUUAAUUUGCUUCAAGAAGGCUAAUAGAAUUAGUUAUAAGUGUGGUUGUAAACAAAAAAAAUAUCUAUUAAGCUUAACUAAGUGAUUAUCUUAGAUUCAAAUAUUAAUUUCAUCAUUUCUAACUAUCAAACUUGA